CCCACCCGAAGGAUGGGGUGAGUGGUGGUGGUGGUGGGGGUGUUCGCUUCUAUCUCAAUGUGGGGGCAGGGGGAGGGGCUAAGCCCUCCCCCCAGUUUUGACAGAAACAGACACACCUCACCCCACCCACCCCCAAAAUCGCAGUGGUUCCGCCCGCCCUGAGGAGAGCCGCUACGAGGAUCCGAUACGCCCCCCAUGAAGGGCGAGACCCCCGUCAACAGCACCAUGAGCAUCGGGCAGGCUCGCAAGAUGGUGGAGCAGCUCAAGAUCGAGGCCAGUCUGUGUCGCAUCAAGGUGUCGAAGGCGGCGGCCGAGCUGCUGACGUACUGCGAAGCUCACGCCUGUGAGGACCCUCUGCUCACGCCCGUCCCCACCUCCGAGAACCCCUUCCGCGAGAAGAAGUUCUUCUGCGCCCUCCUCUGAGCCCCACAAGUUAGGGGGCAGCCCCACAAGUUAGGGGGCAGCCCCACAAGUUGGGGGGCAGGCCCACAAAGGAAGGGGGAACCCCUUAGAUCGGGCGUUUCGCCUCCCACCUCCACGGUUUGCGUUGCGCUUGGGGGAGGCUGCCCCACGCUUAGGGGGCUGCCCCACACUUGUGGGGCUGCCCCACAUUUAGGGUUCAGCCCCACAAGUUGGGGGUUUCCAUCACACUUGGGGGGUUGUAUCCUAUGUCGGUGCUGCCCCAUAACUUAAAGGGGUGGUCCAUCGUACUUAGGGGGCUGCCCCACACUUGGGGGGCAGCCCCAUGACUUGGGGGGGGGCAGCCCUGUAACACUCUUCUCACACACUUAGGGGGCUGCCCCAUAGCAUGGGGGGCAGCCCCAUAACCGGGGGACAGGGGAGGUCACAUUACAACUUAGGGGGCUGCCCCAUAACUUGGGGGGCAGCCCCACACUUGGGGGGCUGCCCUAGAGCAUGGGGGGCAGCCCCAUAAGUGGGGGGGGGGCAGAAAUGUGGGGCGCCCCCUCUGCCCCACAAGCGCCCCUUCUGCCCCACAAGUGCCCCUUCUGCCCCAUAAGUGCCCCUUCUGCCCCACAGACAAUAAAGGACCCCCCCCGG